AUGUUUAAUGGUGGCACUCGCAAACGAUUGUUAAGUAGAAAUGAUUCGCCUCUCCAAAUAAUACAAAACGCUACUUCCACUCACUCAAAUACGAACUCAACCUCUAAAAUAAAUAAUAAACCUUCAAAUUUUCAGCGUCAUCAGGAACAGUAUACAGAGAAUAAAGAAUCGAACGAAACAAUAUCUGCAAAACGCUUAAAGACACAAAAUCUUGAGACUAACCAAAAUCCAGUUCUUGGCGAGAGCGCAGUACCUGCUACAGUUGGUGCAGUAAAUCCAAUAAAUGUUGCGUCUAAAAUUUCACAGCAAACUAAAAUUGUGUCAAAUUCCCAAAAUAGUGUACGGGAUCAUGAGUUGGCUACGAUAAUACCACUUUCAAGAAAUUUUAUGAUGGAUUAUAUGUGGCAUGCACAUGCAGCUCAUCAUCAACAACACAAUAAAUCAAAACUUAUCAAUGCAUCUACAUUUAAUUUUCCUAAUUGUAAUAUUCCCUGGCGCAAAGAUAAUUAUUUAUCCACCGUCACAUCUUUAUCUACAAAAUACAAUAAUGUAAGUAAUUUUGCUGCUACAAACUCUCCACUUAGUAUCUGCUCAAAUCCAACGAAAAACUUAAACGAAAAUAUUGAUCACAUACCUCAAAUAAUCAAUAAUUCAGCUUUUAAACCGGUUCACCAUCAACAACAAAAUAAAUUGAAUUCGAUUAGUCCAAAAAUGGCAACGGUUGAAUCGGAAUUGGAUGAUUUAAGAAACGAAAACUCUCUUUCUUCCAAUAUUGCUGUUUUACCUAAAACUGAAAGCAAAAACAAGUGUAACUUACCAUAUCAUGUGCAUAAUUAUCCCCGCAAAGUGAUACUUUCUUCAGCUGGAACAUAUUCCUGUAAUGAACCCGGUGUGCUUUUAAGCCAGCUGCAAAUAACAUCGGAAAUGGGCAAUGUUAAAGCAUCUUAUUUAUCAGAGUGUGAUCGUGACUAUGAAACUACCAAAGAUGAUGAUGAUGAAGUAGUAGACAUCGAAACAACAGAAGAUGAAGGCCCAGAUCAAAAUAUUCGUUUAAUUCCAAACGAAACUAUUCCAAUAUCAAGACAUACUCUAAACAACAGUCCAAAUAAUUCCAAUUCUAAUUCAUACCUUGAGAUAUCCUGUUCACAGCACUGCAGCAGUAGUAGUACAGAUAAUAUAGAUGUCGGUAAUGUUGUUGAAGCGACUAAUUUCUCGGAAGCCAAAUCAAAUACAUUCAUGCAAUUUGAAAAUAAAGUAACAUAUUUACCGCAUUCUACUUUGCAUGUUGCUGAUACCGAUUGCUCUUCAAAUGAAAGUCUGCAUUCGAAAAGUUCUUCCGAAUUUAUUAUCGGCAAAAAUUUACCAAUUUCAACUAUGUGGAAUGAUGUUAUUAAAAACGAAGUAAGAUCUUAA